AUGUCCAAUUACUCUGUUAGUCCAAGUUCUCUACUUUCUUUUCUACUAAUUGAUCCAAAUUCUUCAAAAGAAACAUUUCAAAGCCCAAGCUACUGGAAAUCAUAUGUGAUGAGACUAUUUCCAGGAAGUCCGGAUUUUGAAGCUCAAAUGGACUAUUGCUUUUCUCUCUGCCUGAUUUUUUUGCUUGCCUUUAUGUCCGAGUUCUGUUCUUUGUACUCUCUUACCAUGAAGAAAUUAGAAGAAAGAAGCUACCAAAGUGUUUUACUAGAUGCUGGAUUUCAUGGUUUGAGGAUGUUUAUGUCUUACUUGGUUAUCAUCUCUGUCAUCACCACUGAUUUCAGGUUUUUCUUGGUGGCUGUUUCUGGUCAUGCUAUGGGAAAUUUUGUUUGUAAGAUAUACCAAUAUCAUAAUGAUCAUCCAAUGAAUAGCGAGUCAUGCACUAUCUGA